AACUGACAUUUAACGUGAAACAUGUACAGUGAUGCCAUCGAGUAGAGCGACUUUGGCUCCACGUGUUUGUUCCCUUUAGUGCGUGUUUGAGACUGUGGUUCUUCAUUGUUUACAUCCGACCGGCUGCUCAUAAACACGUGGACAGACAGGAGGGACACAUGCUAAACCGGGGGCUGUCGACAUGUGGAAAUAACCUGAAAUAAUCGCCGCUCGGAGACAGUUUUUGACUUCCUCUGUUUUGGGGCUAAUGAGCUUCAGCCACUGAGGUCACUGUCACCGCGGGUGUGAGUGUUUAUGUGUGGGUGCUAGUGAGGUGUGUGUGUGUUGAGUGUGUUUUAGUGUGAUGUACUGUGCCUAUCAAGACCGUGAGGAGUUGGAGGAUGAUCUCUACCAAGAGGAUGACAGAGACUCUGAGGGGUCAGAGACCGACAGCGAGCUAGAGUUCCGCCUCUACAGCCAGCUCCACUACUCCUCUAAUGCCGGGGAGAAGAAGGAGCAGGGGGGCAGAGGUGAGGGUGCAGAGGGCGAGGACAGCCAGCAGCCAGAGGUGACCAACAGGACUGCAGAUGCUGGCGGAGAUGGAGAGCUGGGACACAUCAGAGAAAGUAGGCCUCCGUCACCUAAUGCAGGGGAGCUACUGCAACAACUGAAGAAGAAGAAGAAGAAGGAGAAAGGAGAGAAACGUGAUAAGCAGAAGAAGAGGGAAAGUGAUCCCAAAGGUCAGAGGUCGUCAUCAUCACUUUUUGAAGAGGUCAUUGUAAUUGAAUCCAGCCCUGACGUUAUCUCCAUCUCUGAGGAUGACACUGCCGACGAUGACGGGGUCUGUGCCUCAAAAAGUCAAGGCUUAAACCGGCUGAGGACUUCCACUCCAGCACAGGGACACCAGAAAAAGAAGAGGAGUCUCGGUGCGCCAGUGGUUGUGGACUCCAGCAGCUCAGAAUCUGAUUCAGAAGAGUCAGAAUCCAAAUCUGAGUCUGAUUCUUCAGAUUCAUCUGAUUCGUCUGAUUCAGACGGUCUGGAGAACUGGAUGAUCCUGGGUCGAGGGAAGCAGGACGGAGACCAGUCCAUCUCACUCAACCUGGAGGGAGGGUCUGACAGCAUUGCAGAUGCUGUAGAAGAAGAAGAGGGCAGCUGGUUGGUUUCUGACAAGGACAAGGAGGCUCAGAUCUAUAACAAAAACAGGGGUGCCAGGGUAGCGACGCAGCGGUUGUCAAACAGAUACUACACUAGCAAGAACGUCCACUGUAGAAACUGCAACAAGACCGGACAUCUCUCCAAGAACUGCCCAGAGCCCACAAAGUUGUCGGCCUGCUUCCUCUGUGGCACCCCAGGCCACCUGGCCGUUGAAUGUCCCAGUAAACACUGCAACAACUGCGGCCUGCCUGGUCACCUGUACGAGUCCUGCACCGAGAGGGCGUACUGGCACAAACAGUGUCAUCGCUGCAGCAUGAAGGGACACUUCUUUGAUGCCUGCCCAGAAAUCUGGAGACAGUACCACAUCACAGUGAGUAUCUUUCCACAAAACCAUCAGUCAGCAAACUCCAUACCAGUGCUGUUCACACUUCAUCAGAGGGCUUGAGCAGGACUUACACACAGAUCAACACUAGGUGAAAAUAAAAUAAUGUGUACCUUUAAGAGGCUAGUAAAAGCUGCUUGUAUUUUGGAAACAGCUGAAGCACAUGCAUUGGUUUUAUCAUGCUACACUUAUUAGUAUAGUCAAAGAGAGAGUGUUGGUGUUAAGUUUCCAGUGUUGCACAGGGUGUCUAACUUCUAAAAGUCUGAAAGUGAACACAGCAUGUCAAAGAAACUUUUAGUCAUCUUGAUCUUUUUAUUUUAGUAUUUGGUACUUUUUCACACAAAAACGACCAUCACUGAACACUAAUGAUCGAGACAGUUAAUAGUCUAACUUCACAGUUGUGAGAGAAAUAUAGUAGGUGGUAGAGAAAAUUAAAAUAUUAUAUUAAACAAUAUAGCGUAUAUAUCUAGAGUAUAUAUUACAUUUCACCACACCUCAGCCUUAAUGUGAGUGUGUAAAGUCCCAUUACACAUGAUGCACAUCAAUUUUACAUACUGUGAGGUUUACCCUAAGACUGUUAAAAAUAGUUCUUGUUUUAAGUAUGUUUGGUUUGGACUCAACCUGUGUCAAAUUUGGCGAAAUCCCACUGGAUGUAGAGUCCCAAUUAAAAAGCAGAGAAAUGUAAAAGAAGGUGGUGGUGGCAGUGGAUGGGGCGACUAAGCCGGUGACACUUCUUAAGUCUUUUUCAUGCAGAACGUGUCUCAUCAGAAGAGAAAUAUUUAAAAUCUUACUGUACAAAAUAUGUCUUAACCAGUAGUAUAUGCAUCACUAUUAAUUUAUUAACUGAGCUGUUGUGGAUGACUGAGAAAGAGAGAGUUUUUAAUUAUUCACAGGGCGUUUUAUUUGCAGAAUAUGAUCCAUUUAUCAAAAAAUGCAAGUGCUGGUGGUGGAGGUUGUGCAUUAGCAGGUAUAGACUGCUUAUGGAAAGCUGAUAACCUCAAGGUCCUGAAUGAUGACACUCACCUCACUCUUUCUUUAUGCUUUGUGUAGCAUCUUCCACUGUCUAUAAAAAGUCAACAGAACAGUGAUUUGAGCAAUAUGAUAAGGCGUUUACAGAUAAUUUGUAGUUUUGCAUAUAGAUGUUCCAAAUAGCCCUCAGAAAGAAAGUAUUUUUCCAUGAGCCUCACGAAGGCAAAGGUGUCACACGAUCACUCAAAAUCAAUAAGGCAGUUGUGAUUAGUAUUGACCUUGCCCUGUAGCAGAUGAGCGAACCAUGACGUAAAAAACAUCUCAAAAGAUUAAGGAAGUGCCAAGAGUGAUGGGAACCUUUGCUCUCUGUUUUUUUUUUUUUUUUUUUUUUAUAUUGAGCUUCAUUUUCAACCUAAGUGCACAUGUGACAUCUAUGACUCUGUCUGUUUGUAUAUGUGUGUGUGUGUGUGUGUGUGUGUGGAAACAAUGUGUCAAAGAGUAGAAAACUGUGUGACAGUCACAUGGGCCAUAUGUCAGCGGGGAGGCAGUUUGCUUAUUUCUGUGUGUGUGUGUGUGUGUGUGUGUGUGUGUGUGUGUGUUAAUCCAAAAUCUGAAAAGAUAACUAGUUUUCUUGGCUCCUUACUUGUGUGUGUGUGUAUGAUUAUGUGUGUGUGCAUCUGAGCGAGGGGGUGAUAUAGACCUCAGCCUAAGAGAAAAGAGCAGCUUGUUUGUCAAUUAAAAGACGUGAUAAAGCAUGAAAUGGGCUGCCAACGCCACGCGGGACGAGGGAGUGAGAGAGAGAGGGAAGAAGAGUGUGUGUUUGCAUAUAUCUUGGCGUGCACUUUGUGAGUGUGUGUGUGUGUGUGUUGGGGGAGGUCUGUCACUCUCCUCUAUGGAGAUUAAUUAGCAGGGGCUGUCUAAUGAAAAGGCAGCAUCGUUAGCGCUAGGGUAGCACGGCAGGAGAGACGGAGGGAGGAGGAGGGACGAGGAGGAGGAGGAGGAGGAGGAGGGAGCGGGACAGAGACAGAGAAGUUCCAGGGGAGACUCUGGCAGAGAGGAUGAGAGUUGAGUUUAAUUGUUGCUCAUGUGUUGGCGGGGGAUGCUAUAUGUUUCACUGUAGAGUUUCACUUUGAACCACAAACAAGAGAAGACCCUGAUGAAAGAAGAGUGGAAAGAUGCGUAGGAUGAUGAAACCUCCGUUGUUUGUGUGUGUGUGUGUGUGUGUGUGUGUGUUUGUGUGUGAUGGUGUGCUUUAACGGGUGGAGGAUUGUGACCCAGGUCUAAUUGAAGUAUUUAAGCCAUUUAAGCACUGGGAACAGAAGGUCGUUACAUAUCCAAACUGGCAUGGGGGUUAGGGGCCCCCACACACACACACACACACACACACACACACACACAAAAACACACACACAAACACACCUACACACAUGCAUACACAGGGCUCCUUCUGUUUAAGACAGCCUCAUUUUAUUCAUGAUGCUGUUUAUGACCCUGAACUCCCCAAUGUGAGAAGGUGUGUGUCUGUGUUUGUGUGUGUGUGUGUGUGUGUGUGUGUGUGUGUGUGUGUGUGUGUGUGUGUGUGUGUGUGUGUGUGUGUGUGUGUGCCCGCUUUGGGAGAUGUGACUCUGUCACCUUCCGCUGGGCUCAGCCAGGUGUGAAAAGGCAUUCUGUCAGACCUCCCUGCUACUGGGUCCAUUUAUCCUUCGUUCGUGUGUGUGUUUGAGAGAGAGUGUGUGAGUGUGUGUGCAUGUGUGUGCGUGCUGGGUCCGUUUAUCUUCUGUGAGUGUAUGUGUUGUCUGCCUGCACCUGGCCCUCAACUAACAAACUCCUCCAAACCACACAGUAUAGACCACAAAGCCCUAGGGUAUUUACUGAGAAAGUAAGAUACUGACACACAUGGACACACACAAACACACACACACACCCCCACACACACCUCUACAAAUAUAUAGAGCAGUAAAUGGAGUAAAAAGCUAUCCACAACAUUUUCAUCUUGUCUGUGUCAUGUGGGUCUGAAAACAUUUUUACACAACAGUAAUAUUUACACAGAAAGGUUAGCCUGUUUCCUCUGAAGGACAGGUUUACUUCAACCAGUCUUUCUCAGUCUCUCUUUCUCUUUCACCCCACACACACACACACACACAGACAGACACCCUGGUUUUACUUCUUUCUUUUGCAUACAGCUUUACAGUGUGGGGUUGCUCCUUUUCCUGCAGACCCCAUCUGCUUACCUCCUUCUUACAUCUUACUGUUUUCUUGCCUUUGUCAUGAAAUACUGUACAUACAAAACAUCAUUGAAAAAAUCCCCCAAGUACUUGUACUCACUUCUUUUUUUUAAGAUUAAAUUAAAUCUUUUAUGUGCACAUUUCUA